AUCCAUUCCUUCCCCUUCUCUGCGGUUCAAAAUUAAGAAAGCUCAAAGUUGAAACCCUGAAACCUAGCUUCUCCACCACCACUGCAAGGACUGCCGCCGUCCGUCGUGGUCAGGCAUCGCCUGGUUGUCCGCUCUUCUCUAAAAGCUCAACUCUCAAGCUUUCUCUCUCUCGUCUCUCCUACUCAACGUCUCUCCCGUCUCGCUCACUCAUUCACUCUUCCUCCGUGGCCUCCGUUCCUUCCGCCGCCACCAGUGUACCACCAGAAGCUUAGCUUCUUCUCUCUUUCUCUUCUCCGAACAGUCUCUUCUCUGCGUGUCACUUUGGGUCUGUGUGGUUGCUGCCAAAAUGUUGCGUAGAAAUAUUCGCAUGAGGAGGGAGUAUUUAUACAGGAAGAGCUUAGAAGGCAAAGAGCGCUUGCUCUACGAAAAGAAGCGCAAGAUCAGAGAAGCACUUCAAGAAGGGAAGCCAAUACCUACUGAGCUUAGGAAUGAGGAGGCUGCACUUCGUCGAGAGAUCGAUCUCGAAGAUGAAAACACAGCUGUCCCGAGAACACACAUUGACGAUGAGUAUGCACAUACUGCGGAAAAAGAUCCUAAAAUUUUGCUAACCACUUCUAGGGAUCCAAGUGCUCCUCUUCAACAGUUUGUAAAGGAGCUGAGUUAUGUCUUUCCGAAUGCACAAAGAAUGAAUCGUGGUGGUCAGGUUAUUUCUGAAAUUAUAGAGUCUUGCCGUGCACAUGAUUAUACAGAUGUUGUGUUGGUUCAUGAACAUCGUGGUGUUCCGGAUGGCUUAAUUGUCUGCCAUCUGCCAUAUGGUCCAACUGCAUAUUUUGGAUUGCUCAAUGUGGUUACAAGGCAUGAAAUCAAAGACAAGAAAGCCAUUGGUACAAUGCCCGAGGCUUAUCCACAUCUGAUUUUUGAUAACUUCUCAACUAAGUUAGGUGAAAGGACAGCCAACAUUCUAAAGUAUCUUUUCCCAGUUCCAAAACCAGACACAAAACGUAUUGUGACUUUUUCCAACCAGUCUGACUAUGUAUCGUUCAGGCAUCACAUAUAUGAAAAGCAUGGAGGUCCAAAGUCUAUUGAACUAAAGGAAAUUGGUCCGCGGUUUGAGUUGCGACUUUAUCAGAUAAAGCUGGGAACUGUGGAUCAAGCUGAAGCUCAAAUAGAAUGGGUUAUUAGACCUUACAUGAACACGAGUAAAAAAUGCAAGUUUCUCGGUGAUUGAUGUUGCCAUAUCAAAAGCCGCAAUGUUAAAGUAGUAUUUACGCAGCUUAACCUGAUAGGCUGAUACACGUUGAGUGCAUUUUUUAUCGUGACGGAACAUUGUCCUUAGUUCCUUAGUUUGAAAGAAUAUAAUUUUUGGAAUGAGCAUCAUUGUAAACUGCUAAAGCUAUGAAAAAGUGAGAAUGAAAUUUACUUUAUGAUUAUUUCUGGAAGAAAAUUAUUAUUU